GCCUGCGAGCGGAACGUCGCUGCGGGCCCCGGCGAGGGCGCGGCGAACGAGGCCCUCCUCGCGGCGCGGAGCCGCCGCGGCCGCCGUCGCCGAAGGUGGCGGCCCCUGGACGAGCCAGGGCCCCUCACGGUCGCGGCCGCCGCGGGCCCUGGGCCGACGUGGCCUCAGGGCAGCCCGAGUAGCUACGGCAUGACGGAGGUCCUUGUCCAGGAGAUCGGGCACGGAGUGCCUUCUCCGCCUGCCGCCCAGGUGAAGGAACUGAACGCGGUGCUCUUCAAGCUGCAGGGCGGCGUGCAGGAGGCCAAACACGGCGUCGGCUUCCAAGGCAUGCUUCACGCGAUGUGCCGGGCCGUUUUGAGCGAGCGGCGUGAGUGA